UUCUGUGUACUUGUGGAAGCGGUGUUGCUAUUGUGUAACUGUUUAAUAUUCUGUAUGACAAAUACAAGUUAUACGUCUUUCUUUAAUUUUAUAUAAGCACAGGAGGUCAGAAAAACAUAUGGCUCAAAAUAAGUUACGAAGUUAAUGUAUAUUAACGUUGGAAGGUCGUGGCAUUGAAGUAUUAAUUCCGCGUUCAUAACCUCUAUACUGGUGUAAUAGUGUUUCUUUUUGUACGUGGUAUAGUGAUGUACACAAAACUACAGAUUCUUACGGUGUAUUAGAGGAGAUUGAAUUAUGAGUGCAAAGAAGGUUUCAUAUUUUUACAACCCUGACGUUGGGAACUUCCAUUACGGUCCUGGGCAUCCCAUGAAACCUCAUAGACUGGCUGUUAUCCACAGUCUUGUUCAAAAUUACGGCUUGCACAAGAAAAUGCAGAUAUACAGACCCUACCGUGCUAGUGCUCACGACAUGUGUCGAUUUCAUUCUGAUGAAUACAUCGAAUUUCUUCAACGUGUGACUCCUCAAAAUUUGCAGGGCUUCACGAAGUACUUGAGUCAUUUCAACGUCGGUGAUGACUGCCCGGUAUUUGAAGGUUUAUUUGACUUCUGUUCAAUGUACACAGGAGCAUCUUUGGAAGGUGCCAUGAAACUGAACAAUAACUGUUGUGAUAUUGCUAUCAAUUGGUCAGGUGGUCUGCAUCAUGCCAAGAAGUUCGAGGCGUCGGGAUUCUGUUAUGUGAACGACAUUGUUAUUGCAAUUCUAGAGUUACUAAAGUAUCAUGCCCGAGUGUUGUAUAUUGACAUUGAUGUUCAUCAUGGUGAUGGUGUUCAGGAAGCAUUCUAUCUCACGGAUCGAGUCAUGACAGUGUCUUUCCACAAAUAUGGUAACUACUUUUUUCCAGGGACAGGUGACAUGUAUGAAGUGGGUGCAGAGAGUGGACGCUAUUAUUCUGUCAAUGUUCCGCUAAAGGAGGGCAUAGAUGAUGCGAGCUAUGUGCAAGUUUUCAAACCUGUAAUCUCAAAUGUGAUGGAAUUCUAUCAGCCAACAGCCAUUGUACUGCAAUGUGGGGCCGAUUCACUUGCCCAUGACAGAUUGGGUUGCUUUAGCCUUAGCACAAAGGGGCAUGGAGACUGUGUGAAAUUUGUGCGUGACUUGAAUGUUCCCCUUCUGGCUGUUGGUGGUGGUGGGUACACUUUGCGAAAUGUGGCACGAUGCUGGACGUACGAGACCUCACUUUUGGUAGAUGAGCCUAUAAGCAAUGAACUUCCAUAUACCAAAUAUCUCGAGUACUUUGCACCUGAUUUCACACUGCACCAAGAUGUUCUUCCACGGCCAGAUAAUGCAAACACCAAGCAGUACCUUGAAACCAUUACAAAACAUGUGUAUGAUAAUCUCAAAAUGUGUCAGCACUCACCAAGUGUUCAGAUGCACGAUGUGCCAGGAGAUGCAUUUCCCUUGCAGGAAGGUAGUGGGCAUGAUGAGAUGGAUCCUGAUGUUCGCGUGAGUCAGGCAGACGAGGAUCGGCGUAUUGAGCCCGCCAAUGAAUUCUAUGAUGGAGAUAAGGAUCAGGAUAAGGCUGGAGAUGAGGCUGCCUGAAGUGUCAUAAGAGGUGGAGGUGCUGUGCUCUGCAAGUAACAAUACGUUGACAGCUAUGGUUUUAACUGACCACAACAAAUUAAGAUUCUUUUUACUGAUAUAUUAAUUUAGUAUUCAUGAAUUGUAUACUGUGUGCUUAACUAUAAAAGUUUUUCAAUUAAAGUAGAGAAUAAGGCAUUUCCUCAUGUCAUAAAAAAUACACCAGGGAAUCAACUCUGUCUUUGAUCCUUCUACCCACAAAUCCCCAUUUGGGGAACAUGUGGUAUUUUUUGACUGUUCAAGUAAAAUGGUAGUCUUAUUUGUCA